UGAUUUACUUAUUCACUUGACCAGGUGCUUUCGCAGUGUUAGAGAAUGCUCUGUUGUUUUCUGCAUUAAUUUUUACAAAAUCAAGGUGUAUUGAUCAUAACAGACGUCGGACAGUGGCCGAAGAUGCCUUCGCGGUCGGAGGAUAUUCUGAAGGGGUUCAAAGUGAAUUGGAUGAACCUUCGAGAUGCAGACACUGGAAAAAUUCUUUGGCAGGGCACGGAUGAUUUAUCGAUUCCGGACGUUGAGCACGAGGCCAGGGUGCCGAUGAAAAUUCUAAAGUGCCGGGCUGUGUCGAGAGAAAUCAACUUCUCUUCAGCAGAGCCAAUGGAAAAAUUUAGACUAGAACAAAAAGUGCUUUUUAAGGGACGCUGUCUUGAAGAAUGGUUCUUUGAAUUUGGGUUUGUCAUUCCCAAUUCAACAAACACAUGGCAAUCCCUCAUAGAGGCUGCGCCUGAAUCUCAAAUGAUGCCUGCUAGCGUUUUGAACGGAAACACGGUCAUCGAAACCAAAUUCUAUGAUGAUGAUCUUCUGGUGUCUACAUCAUUAGUUCGCCUUUUCUAUGAUUAAACAGCCAGACCUGACAAUGACUAUAAUGUGCAAAAAAUGGAUUUUCUACCUAAGUGGGACCACUUUAAGUUUGAUUAGUGAUUUAAUUUCGCCCAAAAUGCUGAUAAGUUUUUGGCUUUUCGUUCUCCGUGUAUGGUUUUUCACGUUUACAAUGCCUGUUUAAAUGUCGAAAACAGGACUGAGCCAUGUGUCUUUCUACCCCACUAAUUUUCUUAAGUUAUCUGAGUCAGGAAUAUUGAUGUAACCAUUACCGAGUGAAAUCACCAGCACAUACCGUUUGGAAUUUCAUAAAAUAUUAAGACACAAACUUGCACGUAAAUUAAGUGCAGUCAAAACUCGAACUCAAGAAUCACAUAGCUGCUUCAUUUAGUGCUUUAAAAUUGAGCGCAGCUAUCUUGGAGUUAAAUUGCUCCUUGUGUUUGUUCCUGGCGCAUGUGUUUAAUUGCAUAAAGAAAAAUUUGCAGUUUAAAGUUUCAUUGUUUUUAUUUUAUUUACAUGUCCAUCUCUAGUCUUAUAAGUGUAACUGUUCACAUUUCACUGAUAUUGAUCAAAUAAAAUAAAAACAUGAAUA